AUGCCUCUAGUAGUGUUUUGCGGGCUACCGUACAGCGGCAAGAGCCGGCGCGUGGAGGAACUUCGCAGGGCGCUGACGGCCGAGGGCCGAGCUGUGUACGUAGUGGACGAUGCAGCAGUGCUGGGUGCGGAGGAUGCCACCGUGUAUGGCGACUCGGCCCGUGAGAAGGCACUGCGCGGAGCGCUGCGAGCCGCGGUGGAGCGGCAUUUGAGUAGGCAAGACGUGGUCAUCCUGGAUUCUCUUAACUACAUCAAGGGUUUCCGCUACGAGCUCUACUGUCUGGCCCGGGCGGCACGCACCCCUCUCUGCUUGGUCUACUGCGUGCGGCCCUGCAGUCUUAGCGAGGGACCGCAGGUGGCGGGCACGGAGAACGGAGAUCGGAAAGUCACUAUGAGUUGGCAACCGCGUGCUGAGCAGGGCGGGAGACCUCCGGUGGCGGGCACCUGUGUCGGUCGAGAACUUGCAACAGCGGGCUCAGAAGUACAUAGGGAAGUGGAACUGGAGGAAAUCAGGGCACCAAAUUCUCCAGGUUUCGUGACUACAGAAUCCGAGAAAUCUGCGCCUACGGUAGGGUCCUUUUAUCCUUCCGAACUUCUGGAGGCCCUGACGCUGCGUUUCGAGGCUCCGGACUCUCGGAACCGCUGGGACCGGCCCCUUUUCACCUUGGUGGGUUUAGAAGAGCCAUUGCCACUGGCGGAGAUCCGGGCUGCCCUGUUUGAGAACCGGGCUCCUCCACCACAUCAAGCCACCCAAUCUCAGCCUCUUGCCUCCGGCAGCUUUCUGCAUCAAUUAGACCAGGUCACGAGCCAGGUGUUGGCCGGGCUGAUGGAAGCGCAGAAGAGUGCAGUCCCUGGAGAUUUACUAAGGCUUCCUGGCAUCACGGAGCGCCUGAGGUUUACGCGGCCCCUUACCAUGGCAGAACUGAGCCGACUCCGACGCCAGUUUAUUUCCUACACGAAAAUGCACCCUAACAAUGAGAACUUGCCUCAACUAGCCAACAUGUUCCUGCAGUACCUAAGCCAAAGCCUGCACUAA